AUGCACAAUGUGACCAAUGUCGAUCUGACGGGCUACGCGGCCAGCACAGCUGCCACGGACCACCCAGCGUGGCUUCUGGCGGCCAAGUUUUCACGCAUUUACGGCCGUGUCAACGGUAUCAAUCCCGGGUUCGUCCGGAGCAAAAAGAAUCCUUUUGGCGCAGACGGCAAUAUGUUCAGCAGCCAAUUUGACAAGAUGUCUGCAAAGCGCGCCGGUGAAGAGGACGUCAUUGCCGGUGAUGUGCUCUAUCUGGCCAGUUGGGCCGGCUCGUACAUUGACGGAAUCAAUUUGUGUAUUGAUGGCGGUCGUAUUAGCUAG